GGAACGCUGCUAACGGGGGGAACAUGUCUGCGGUGCCCGAUGGGAAGAAGCUCGUCCGGAGCUCCAGCGGCCUCCGAAUGGUGCCCGAGAACGGCGCCUUUCACAGCCCUUUCUCCCUCGACGAGCCGCAGUGGGUCCCGGAUAAAGAGUGCCCGAGAUGUAUGCAGUGUGACACCAAGUUUGACUUCAUCAGAAGAAAGCAUCACUGUCGGCGCUGCGGCCGCUGUUUCUGUGAUAAGUGCUGCAGCAGGAAGGUGGCGCUGCCCCGCAUGUGCUUCGUGGAUCCGGUGCGUCAGUGUGCCGAGUGCAGCCUGGCGUCCCAGAAGGAGGCGGAGUUCUACGACAAGCAGAUCAAAGUGCUCCUGGGAGGCGGGACCUUCGUCGUCACUUUGGGGUCGUCAGAGAAGUCUGAGACGAUGACGAGUCGCCUCUCCAACAACCACAGAUAUCUGUUCCUUGAUGGAGAAAGUCACUUUGAGGUGGAGUUGUCUCGGAUCUCCAGCAUGCAGAUCCUGAUGGACGGCUCCAGUCCAGGAGAGAAUGACAUUCACACUUACACCAGUCUGCUGGACAGUCGUUGUGUCUCUGAAGGAGGGGCGUCCCGUGCCAGCGGCAUGCUGCUCCAAUACAGGCCGAUGGGCUCCCAGGACCCCCAGCAGCUCCGCGUGGAGGCCGCUGACGACAAGAAGGCGGCCUCGCUGUGGCUGACUGCGAUGCACAAGGCGGCCAAACUGCUGUAUGAAGCUCGGGACCAGUGACGUGCCGACGGCCCCUCACGCUGACCACCGUGGACCCGGACCCCAAUGGGGGGAUCGGUCUUGUUUGGGUUUUUAUUAACGACGGUUCUGGUUCUGCUUCUUGUUCCUUGAUGCCAGUUGAUUGAUACACAGAACACUUUAUUACCUCGAUAACACUUUUUACAUCUCACCACACAACGGCCGGUCUUCUUGCUGCAGCUGACCACCCCGAGCCCAGAGGACUGGGUCUCUGCUGGUUUCUGGGAGGUUUUUAAAUUCCAGUGCUUUUACUUUCUCUAAUAUAUAAUUUUUUUUGGGAGCUACAUGAUACUUUUGAUACGAUUGAACUUAAAUGUGUCGUUACACCUUUUUAUAAAGCAUAUUUCAUGACCUUAGAGAUAGAUGCAGAUGUUUUAAUAAUUCUAUAUAUAAGCUGGAGUUCUUUUGUGUCCUCUGGAAUUUUAUUAAACAAGAGAAAUCACACUUUACGGAUCCACGUAGGCAGGCACGUGCACAGACAUUUUGGGGGGCAGGUACUCAAGCCCCCAAUAAAGGGCAACAAUCGGCAAAAUGAAUUUUCUAUUGAUCGCUGUAACUUGAAGUUAAGUAAUUAGUUGCUCGCAACACCUAAAACACAUUGUGUCGUGAGAAGACAUGAGAGCUGAACAAAAUGACAUUGUUUAUUAACAUUACAAUUAGUUUUUAUUUACAAAAGGAUAGGAGCGAAAAAUGCCAAAUAAUAAACAACUUUACUAACCUCGACGGCUCGGGAAAUGCGGGAAAAUGCCGGGAAAUAUCAAACCUCUGUAAAAACGUUCGAAAGCCUCAGUCUGAUAUUUCCGGGCAUGACCUCACUCUCGGUUAGGAGAUAGUUUACUCUUUUCACCCUCUGCAAUGUUCAUACAAGAUUGAUCUUUGUAAAACUGGAACAGACAAAACAAAGAGAAACAUACCGCAUAAAACAAUGUGGCACAAGGAUAGCACGACACCGAGAGCUAGCAUUGAAUUCUUGUGACAUUUAUAAAAUGAAUUAAUAAGUUCAACAUACUUUCGAACUUGUCUAAAAAGCAUUUAUACAACACAAAGAAGAUGCCUGCCGGGAUAUCUCUCCCUCUCUCUCUUCAUUAAACAUGACGUCAGUAAACAGCCGGACAAGGCUUUGAAACCACGGAUUUCGGAAGUCUUUUGUUUGUUUAUUUCUUUAGGAAACGGCGGACCAGUUGCGACGUCAAAUUUUCCGCAGCGCUAAUGUCGACGUGGUUAAUUUAUCUCCAAACCGUCUUGGGAUUGCACACACACCGGCAUUACCUGUUUGUUUGAUGCCGCGGGUCAGAGGAGAAGGAGGGUGACCCGUUUGGCGUGGCGCGAGGAGCACUGCGUUCUAAGUGGAGGAGGGGGGGGGCGACGUGAGGAGGCGUGAGGAGGCGGAGGGAGGUGCGCAGCGGGGGCUCGUGAGCGGCGCGGAGCGUGUCGGGGCGAAAUUCUCACAAGAACUCAAAUAAAUGCCCCGUCAUAUAUCGAAACACAUUUGGGGGGAAUUGAUGACAGAGAUUAAAUUUUAUUCUUAAAUACUGAUUAAUGAAGAAAAAAAUUUGUCUCCAGCAGAAAGGACACUUCUCAUCCAGGGCAAAAGGGGAGGAGCUUGAGCACCACUAGGGGUCUAUCUGUGCACGUGCCUGCACGUAGGGCGGGUUAGUGCAGGCUAAAGGUCAAUCCACCUUGAAGAAACAGGAGUGAAAGGCAUUCUGGGAAAAUAUCCUGAAACGCAAAGGACAAAGAACAUCUCUGCUGUAACCACAAAGCGAAGGAAGAUAGUUGGAUUUGUCCUUUAAGAGGCUGUUUCUGCUUCUUCUCUGUAAAUUGUGAUAUAAACUACGAUUACUUCCAGAUUAACUCUGAUUUAACACGUUGUGAAAACACGAAUGAAUGCUUUUAAUGUAGUUUCAUGUAUUGAAGUUUUGUAUGAACUAUUUUGUCAACUAUUCCUACUUUUAACACGAGUUGUGUGUGUUGUGUGUAGUUUUGUAAUAUUUGUAAACAAUAAUUACUUUUCUUAGUUUUUUCCUCCAUCAAUCGAAUGCUGUUCGGUUUUGGUUGAGCCUUCGAGGAGCUUUCCUCAAGAGAAGCGUGGGGCUACACGUGGAGCUACACGCUACUCGUCGAGUUACACAUCGAGCUACACGCUACACGUCGAGCUAUACGUCGCGCUGUAUGUCUAGUUACAUGCUACAUGUCGAGCUACAUGCUACACGUCAAGCUACACGUCGAUUUACAUGCUACACGUCGAGCUACUUGCUAAACCAAUGCAAAAACUAUCUCUUUCAUUUGUUAAUUCAUGGCAAAAAUUAAACGGAAACGUUUGAUUCCUCCCAAAAUAAGGCAGGACUUCGGAAGGGGAGGGACUUCGCCUCUAUCGUAGAUCUCAUUUGCUCGGCCGUUUGUGGCGGAGUUAGCUGUUAAGCAUUAGCCGUUAGCUGUUAGCUGCUCCUGCUUGGCAUUAAAAGCAUUCAAUAAAUGGACCUUGAUAAGACUUUUUUAUGAGUAUUUGUUGUCACAACAGUCACAUUUUAAAUGCCUGGUCUCUAACACUACGUGAUGUAUUCAGUGUUCUCGGCUUUUUUACGUAGAACAGAACUGGGUUAGUUAGUUCCCGUUUGAACUUUUCUGUCACUGAGGACGUACAGCACCUCCACUUUGUACCGUAAAGUUUAUUUUUAUACGCUGCUCACCUAAGAAGUUAAACCAUAGGAGUUCCUCCAGGAAGGAGCUGCUAGUUGUGAAGGAGCUGAACAGAUGAUCACGUUGGCCUCUGGGAGUCUAAAAUAAGAUACACCGUCAGGUUUUAACAUCUGAAUCCGGUGAUAUAUUUGGAAAAAAAUACAACACUUGCCCCUUUUUAAUCAUAAAACAUCAAAGAGCUUUUUUAAAUUUCUACAGUUUAAUUUUUAUUACAUUCUGUACUUCCAUUUAAAGCACAUGUGACAGCUUUAAACAUGUUUAAAGAUCCCUGUUAUGCCAAUAUUUGUGAUUAUUAUGUAUCAUAAAGCCAAUGAUCCUGCUGUGAUCUUCUUUGUACCUGCACUUUAAACCUGAUCCCGGAGCUUCAUCUAUUAAAACUGCUUCUUCUCACUUUGUUGGUUAAUCUGUUGUGAAUAAAAAUCCAAGUGUUUGUA